GAAACAUGUUUCUUAUAGGUUUUCGACAAUGCUCUUUCCAGUGGCAUCGUUUUUAAAUCUUGAGAAAGUUUCCUGAAGGGUUUUCCAGAGACCGAAUCUCUGCAAAACUCCUUAGAAAACUUUUUCAAAACACAACUCUCAUGCCAUUAGAAAGAGGAUCAUGAAAAACCUAUAGAAAAAUAGUUCAUGAAAUUUUCGUUCACUUAUAAAGCUAAAGUCCGCCUGCUCUACACUCUAAAAAAAAAGGUAUUUCAAAAAACCCUAAAAAGUAUUCUCCAUUUGAGAAAAACCAAAAAAAAGGUAUAACCACCCGUGAAAAACGUUUAAAGGGUUUAACCAUCUGAAACAUAUCAUAACUGUUUAAAAGUUUCUUCUUAUCAAAAAACCAAUUUUCGUUUUCUAAAAUACGGCUAAAUUAUAUUCUGAAAAACGAUUGAGGUUUUUUCAUGUCACAAAAAAACCUUUCAGGUAUUUUAAAAUACCAAAUCACGGCUUUUUCAUAUUCUAAAAAUGCCUAAGGGUUUUUCUGAUAAAAGCAAAAAACGUUUAAACAGUUAUGAUAUGUUUCAAAUGGUUAUACCAUUUUUCGUAUUUUAUAAUACCUUUAUUUUUUAGAGAGUAGCAAAAAAUGCCCACUGUGUAGAUGGCCAAUAUACAGCAACAAUUGUCCUUUUACGCCUUUUCGCGCAGCAUACUUAUGUUCUAUUUUAUCUACGUUUUUCUUAUUUCAGAAAAGUGACAUUAAGUGCUCAAGAACUCAAUAUUCUUGUGCCACCUAUGCCAUCACCAUCACCUAGAAGUUCAAUAUUAUUUGACGAUAUACCAUCAAGGAAAAUUUCAUUCGAUAAUCUUGAAUACUCUCCGGUGAACGAUCGUCACUAUUUAAUGUCGUUGAACAAUGGUGCUAGUAUUCAACGUCGAAAUUCAACAAAACGAAAUAGUUUACGAUUAAGAGGUUUAUUACGAAGUUGGACAUGUUCAUCUAAAAAGAAUAUAUCGAGAUUGGUAACACCAAAACAACAGCAUCAGUUAACAAAUAAUGGAUCAUACGAAAGUCAGAAAAGUAGACAAAUUAAGCUAAGCGUAGAUCAAGCAUCGAUACCGUUGCAUUUACAAAGUGAGGAUGAGCGAAUAGGUGAAAAAACUGUCUCAAAAAUUCCAGCGCCGCAAAAGCAGAAAAAUCCAGAUGAAAACAUGAGACGUUCGUUGACAAAGUUUGAAAAGAAUUCUAAGAAGGGUGUUGUUCUUUCAUCGCUAGUUUCAACUAAAAGCGAACUAAAAGUCGAUUGGAAAACAUUGAAAAAUGAUUCAACUAUUGUUAGAGAAGUACUUAGUGAUGAUGACCAUGUCCAAAAAACGAAGACAACAGCCGAUAAUAUUAUACGAUUAGUUUUUGACGGUUUACGCUAUCAAUACGAAGAUAAAAAAUCAUUGACACUCACCCCUACUCAACCGUUAUCGUCAACUGCUGCUGUUGUGUCUGCCACUCUUCCUUCAAACAUUCCUGUUUCAAAACCACUACAGAAAUCGCAGUAUACUCACUCACCAUUCAUAUUUCGUCCAUCAGUCUCAACAGCAGCAGCUGGUGUUCAUUACACAGGCGGUACUGUGUCUUUAUCAAGUAUGAGUGAAUCGUCCAAUUUAGCAAAAAUGAUGAUAUUAAAACAACAACAACCCAAAAUUCAAAGUGCACACACAACAUUAGGUAUCCCAAUACGUACAUCACUAGUUGCCAAACAAGUCGCGGAUACAAAUUCACCUGCCGCCCCUCUCGAACCGUCUCAUCGAUCAAAAUUCAUAGUUAGCUGUCAAGUUAACUCAAACCAAUCUGUACCAAGUUAUUCUUAUCGAAAACUGAUUAAAGAAUUACAAACACCCACCACAACAACAACAUCAUCACCACAUACAGCCGGUCUAGUUUGGAUAAGUGCUAGUAGCGAACGACAGGAAAAAAUUCUGUUUACACAGCAACCAACAAUAUUCAAAAUUAAAAACAAACAGCUUAAAUCUCAUCAUCUACAAUCGGCAUCUAAUAGUAGUUCUGACACAUCAAGUAGUUCUAAAACAUCCACUGAAAUAAGUACAACCACCACCAAAAGUAGUAUAUCAACAACAAGUACACAAUCAACUCGUCGAGGAAACGUAACGACAUCCUCUUCUGUUACAUCGACAGUUAUCACAAACGAAGAAACCCAAACAAGCAGUUCAUCGAGUUCACCCAUUCGAACGACAAAUAAAAAUGCAGUAAAUCGUCGUUCAGUCUUCAGCUUAUCUACAUCGUCGUCAAAUAGUGCAAAUUCAACCAGUAAUAGUAGUUCAAGUAGCGCAACAUCAUUCAGUUCUUUUAGACAAAAGACAAGAAUGUUUUAUGAAGUCGUCUUUCUCAUUACAACAUGUCUUCGACAUAUCUCCACAAUUCCUAAACAACAAGUCAGUUUAAACAAUGAUAAAGAUAAUGAUCAAUCUCUUGAUAUUAUCGUCGAUGUUAAAAGUGGUUCCGAAGCAUUUGUAAGUAAUAGUAAUAAUGAUUUAAUUUUAAUUUAUCGUGCUUAUAAUCAUAAUGGGAAAAAUGAAAUUAUUUUAACAAAACCAUUUCUAUUACACUUGUACACGGAAUCUGCUCAACUUUACGAUAUCGAUUUUAUCAAGAGUGUAAAUAAUAAACCCCAUUCAAUUGCUUACAAUCGACAUGUGAUGUAUAGAGAUGAUUUAGAGCGUUGUGAAAGAGAUAUUGAAAAUGAAGCAUAUUGUGGAUACAAUGGUGUCGAUGUAAGAACAUCGAGAGCAGCUAAAGAUAUUAAUGGUGAAUUUUUGUUGGUGGAUAAAAAUAAUUUUAACGUUGAUGGUUUAUGUAAAAAAGUGGCCGUAACAGGACAAAAUUUAGCCAUGUAUUCUCAAUAUUGUUCAAGAGAUUUCAAUCGUCUAAAAUGUUUGGAUCGACAACCCUUUGAUUAUUGGCUUUAUGAUAAAUCAAAUAAGUUCAACAAACGUCAAACUCGAUAUUCCUUACGAUCGUAUUAUCCACAAUUGAUUUCUAUGCCGUUGUUUGUAAAUAAAAUGAGUAUAAACGAUGAACUAAAAUUAAUUAUACCAGAAGAAAGAUAUUACCGUGUAAAUAUUAGCCUAAAACGAUAUAUGAAACGACACGUUACAUUAGAUUGUUCUAUAUCCAUUCCUGAGAUAACAUCAGAAUGGUUUCAUGAAGAGUAUCAAAUUGGCUUAUACUUGAAUAAUAGUGGGUUGAGUGUAUGCAAUGUUAAUAUAUCGAUUGAAGACUGUCAUCCUCCACUUAAUUAUACAAUCAACCAGUUAAAUUUAGAAAAUUCGAUUCUUAUUAGUCCGUCAUACAAACAAUUAAUUUAUUUUACAAUAUCGCAACAAAAGAUCGAGUCAAAUCUAAAAUGUCAUGUUACAAAUGUUAAAAUUCAUCGCCAAAUAGCUAAACGACAAAUAUCAAUGAGUAAAUCAAGUCAUUGUGUUUGCAUAUCAACAUGUAAAUGUAAAUGUUUCAAAAACAAUUUUAUACCCAAAGAAUCUGAUUUGAAAUGUGUUUUAAUGAAAUCAAAUGAUAUUCAGCUCGCCGGUCUGUCUACUAUUGUAUCAUUAAAUUUGUCUAAUAAUAAAAUUCAAAGUCGCCGAAAUCGUACAACAUCUGUAAAACAAUCAUUGUAUCUAACAAAAUGGUUUAUUUUUAUUGCUGUACUGGCAUUAUGUCUGAGUAAGUAA